AUGGCUCCCAGAUUCGCAACAGGAUGGAGAAGAUUUGUCCCAUUCAUAGGAUAUCACCAUGUCCUUAUGAUCUUCAUAGCCAUUGCCAUCAUCCUACUAUCACUUCUACUCGCAGGAUGUUCCUCGACCUCACCUCUCAUUCCCGACAUCUACCUCAUUUCACUUUACUAUAAAAGUUAUGCUCCCGUCUUCAGCACGGUCCAAGUCGACCCCUCAGUGUCUACAGCCAUUGCCAACAUCGUCGGCUCAGCAGAUCUCAUCGUAAGAGUGGGGUAUUUUGGCAUAUGCAUCAAGUGUGACGGCGGAGCAUGGAUGUGCAACCAAAACUCGACGGCGCUGGCAGAUCUGGUGAGCAUUGAUCAAGAUCCACUGAACUUGAUAUGGGUGGCCAGCACGUUCAAGAACGCUAUUGUGUUCCCCUACCUACUCAUCAUUGCUAUUGUGCUUGCCUUCCUAACGUUUCUGUUGCUUGCAACGUUCCCCGGUUGGCAUACCAGCACUGGCAGGGAUGGCGAUGAAGUUGAGGUGCGACCAUUUCCCUCCAGAGCCGUGUCACAAGUUGCGUUGGCGACAAUCUUCAUUGCCUCAGUGUUUGUGCUGGUGUCUGUCAUGUGGCAGCAUACCGCUGCUGUAGCAGCAAGCACAAUCGCGCAAGAUUUGGGCAACGGAAGUGUCAAGUCUGGCGUCGGAACCGCAGCAAUGGUUCUGGGCUGGUUUGGCUUUGGUCUCCUUGUCAUUGUAACAUUGGGACUGCUGGUUAUGAUAUUGAGCAUUCAAUUACUGGAUCGACUUACUGAUGAUGUAUGA